UACAAAACUUUCUUCUCAUCAAGAAUAUUGUCCUGCGGAAGAAUUCUCUUCGCUAAUUGAUUGCUAUUUUCCAAGAAUAGUUAAUUAUAGUCUGAUCCCAUGCAUAGAAACGCGCUCCCCUACACCGACAGUCGACUCUUCUACGUGAAUGGCGAGAGUUGGGGUGGCCUGCACAUACACUUCAGUUGCGCCCGGGGAAGUUUAGCAACAGGUCCAAGUUUGACAAAGUGUCCACUCUAACGGGGCCUGCUACAUUAGGAGACCAGGAUGGCUACUCUGGUGCCACGUGAUUCUAGUGAUCCAGCAGUAGCGAGUUACGGCGACAACAUACCCGAAUCUCGAAGCCAAGAGCCUUUAGUAUGCACAAUUUCUACAGAAAGUAUGCAGUCGGCCGGUGGUUCUUCGGCAGUAACAGAAACUAUUAGCAAUCGGGACGAAUCUAACAGCGAAGACGAUGGUGGAACUUGUGGAUGGGGAUUCUUGAGACCCAAAUGCAUCCAACGCUUCCGCACUCCACGCUGGGUUCUGUUUUGGCUGUGCUGGGCGGGCGCCCUACAAGGGCUGAUAGUAAACGGAUUCAUAAAUGUAGUCAUAACUACUAUCGAGAGACGUUACGAAUUAAAAAGUACCGAAACUGGACUAAUCGCUGGUUGUUACGAUAUUGCUUCGUUUUUAUGUCUAGUUCCGGUUAGUUAUUUGGGUGGAUCUCGGAGUAAACCCCUUUUCGUGGGUAUUGGUGUACUAGUUUUAGCCAUAGGUUCUUUUGUAUUUACUUUGCCGCAUUUUAUAGCGGGACAGUACUCUUUUAGUCAAGAGCAAGAAUUUUUAUGUGGUGGUGGACAGAACGUGGACUGUAAAAACGUAGUCGGAUCCACUCUAUCUAACUAUAAAUACAUUUUCUUUCUGGGUCAGUUACUACACGGGGCAGGAGCUUCCCCAUUUUACACACUAGGAUGUACUUAUCUCGACGAAAAUGUUCCUACGAAGAUGUCAUCUGUAUAUAUAGGUAUUUAUUAUACAAUGGCGAUACUUGGACCAGCAAUUGGAUAUUUAUUAGGGGGACAGCUAUUAAAAUUUUAUACAGAUAUCAAUGUUGACCCUGAAGAAUUGGGAUUAACACCUUCAAGCAGUGUAUGGGUGGGAGCGUGGUGGAUAGGAUUUUUGUUUUCAGCAGCGUUUGGAAUACUUAUUGCAAUUCCCAUCUGUUCUUUUCCAAAAGUUUUACCAGGAUUUUCAAAGAUACAGGCAGCUAAAGUAACAGAAAUGCAUCACAAAUUACAAAAUAGUGCAGCAGCUGAACAAGGAUUUGGAAUAUCUUUAAAAGAUUUACCAAUAUCUUUUAAAUUUCUCAUUUAUAAUCCAACAUUUUUGUUUUUGAGUUUUGCAGGAGCAAGUGAAGGUAUGUUACUAGCAGGAUUAGCAACAUUUUUACCAAAAAUUAUUGAAUCACAAUUUACAAUGCCAGCAAGCAAAGCUGCCUUUUUGGUUGGUUUAGUUACAGUACCUGGUGCUGGUGGUGGAACAUUUUUGGGUGGUUAUCUUGUUAAAAAAUUUAAUCUCAAGUGUGCUGACAUAAUUAAAUUUUGCAUAAUUACUUCUGUUAUAUGUUUGGGAUUUGCAUUUAUUUUUUUUAUGCAUUGUCCAAAUGCAGAUUUUGCUGGAGUUAAUGUUCCUGUUUCUAAUAGUUCAAAUUCUACAAUAUCAUUACAAGAUGAUUGUAACAAACAAUGUAAAUGUUCAUCUUUGCAUUAUGAUCCAGUUUGUGGUUCUAACAAUGUUUUAUAUUAUUCACCAUGUUUUGCUGGAUGUCGAAAUAAAAUUGUAACAGGUAAUUCUAAGGUUUACAAUGACUGUAGCUGUAUCCAACAUGAUGGGAAAACUACCAAUUUAAAUGGUGAAGGAAUAAUAAUACAGGCUACUAGAGAUAAAUGUACCAACAACUGUAACUACAUUGUUGUUUUUCUAUCAGUUGUCUUCCUUUCUAUGUUUCUGACUUUUCUUGUCAGUAUGCCAUCUUUGUCUGCCACUCUCAGGUUUUAUUUAAUUCAAUAUACAUUUAAAAAAAUAUUUAACUUAAAUUUAUUACAUUUAUCUAUUUCAGGUACAAUACCAGCUCCAAUCAUAUUUGGUUCAUUAAUAGAUUUGAGUUGUAUUUUAUGGCAAGAUACCUGUCAUAAAAAAGGAGCUUGUUUAUUUUACAACAACAAACAAAUGAGUACUAAUGUAGUAAUAAUGGCUACGCUUCUCAAAGCACUUUCAUGUAUUUUCUUCCUUCUUUCUUGGCUGUUUUACAAACCACCUGCUGAAGAUGGAAAAUCAAAUGGUAUUGUUUCACAAAUGACUAGUUUUGGAAGUCUCAAUAGGUCAUCAAGAAAUAUGAUUUUAGGGAUGCCUUUAAGUGAUUCAGUUUCUGAAGAAACUGCUCAAAAUAAUGAAAAGAAAAAUGAAAAGUGUUGUGUUUGGAGCACCCAAGAACUUUCAAAUAGCAACACUUCUUACAAUAAUCAAAGUACUAAUGAAAAAACUGCAAGGUAGUGUUUGUUAUUUGAUAUUUACUGAUUUCUGUUCAGUGCUUCCACUUCUAAAACCUACAUUUUAAGGGGUGUCUUAAUUUUUACAAACUGGCCAUCAUCAAUACUCUGUGAUCCUUGUCCUGCCAAUGUUCCAUGAAAUUUUAUACAUGCAUCACUAUACUAAAAUUAAUUGUUUAUAUAAUAAGCAGAAAAUAACUCUAACAAACUUUUAUAUAUAUUCCAUUUUGAUAUAAUCUUGAUUAAAAAUCACAUCCAUGUCAGACAAAUUUUGGUACACUAUGUCUCAUUCUCUCCUUUUUUAAUCCUCUAAAAGCAAUGUGGAAGUUUUAUUACAAUUGCUUAUAAGCACAGAUAUUCAAAAUACAAACUUUUUUUAUAAGUAUAAAUUUCUCAAUUAAUUUUUUGAUUUGAAAAGAUAUAUAUAUAUUAUAAAAGAUUACAUGUUUAUAAAAGUACAAAAUUUUGUUUAUAAAAAGACUGUAAAAUAAUAUCAAUAUAAAAAUUGUAUAUAUUUAUUGGAGUAAGAAUGAACAUUCCAAAAGUGUAUUUUUUUUUAACUAUUUAAAAAAAUGUUCUUGUUUUUCCCUUUAUUCAAUGAUCUGAUUUUGUUGUAUUGUUUAAAUAUUGUCUGUAAGUUAAUAUUUUCUAUAGCUUAAUAAUUUUUAACCAGUUUGAAGCAUAUGAGACAUGUUAUUUCUCACUGCCAAACUGUUGUACAAACUUUCAAUGUAAAUGUGAUAUAUAUAUAAAAUUUUAAUGUACUUAUAUGCCAUACAAAAAACAAAUGUGAUUGUGAAUGUUUCUAUGUAUAAAAAAAUAAUCUUUGUA